AUGAGCGUGCUGCUGGGCAUAUCAGGGGCCCCCUCUGUGAAGGACAAAAUUUGUACUGACGCAUCCCUGGGAAUGGAUACUACUUGUGGCUCAUAUGCUUGGGUUGGUUCUGUUCCCCAGCAUAAUGCUCCUAUCGUCGAUCACCUUUUGAAAGCGGGUAUGAUUGUUACAGGAAAGGCAAACUUAUCGGAAAAGAGUGGCUGGAAAGGGUUUGGCAUAACGACAGGAUGGUCAGCGGUAGGAGGACAAAUACAGUCACCGUAUAUUGUUGGCGGGCUUGCUAAGGGAGAAAAACUACUCAAACAAACUGCUCCAGCAGGAUCAUCAUCGGCAAGUGCUUCUGGUGCUGCAGCCGGCUUUGCACCACUAGCAAUCGCAACCGAGACAGAUGGAUCGAUCACGCAGCCUGCGAACCGUGCAGCACUAUUCGGCAUAAAGGUAACCGUUGGUCGUGCAUCAACCGAAGGUACAGCUCCUUGGUCUGUAUUAACAGACAGUGUCGGUGAUCCUGUGCUCAUUACCCAACAACGCGAAGCUUACAUGGAUACCAAGAAAAAGCUCAUUGAACACGGAGCGACAUUGCAUAAAAAUGUUCCUAUGACUUCUGUGGAUGAGCUUCAACUCGAUGGUGAUGAUGCUCUCGAUCAACUAUGGAACCAUGAUUUUGCGAAAGCGUGGGAGAAGUUCUUGAAGAACUUUCCCAGCAGUUUGAUGAAAAGCAUUGCAGACAUAUUGAAAUUCAACAAGCUAAACGCAAAGGUUGCCCUGCCGGCUGAACAUCCAGGCCAGCAACUGUUGGAAAGUGCCUUGGAAGACAAAAUGUCUGAGGAAAAGUAUGCUGAAGGAGUAUCACUGAUAAGUGAGGCAGCUAAAACGAAUGGAAUUGAUAAGACAAUACAUCAAUUUGGUCUUGAUGUAAUUGUUGGACCCAUGGAUGGUCGCAUGCCUACUAUUGCCGCCGCCGCAGGAUUUCCUGUAGGAACUGUUCCCUUGGGCUAUUCUUAG